UUUAUUUGUAGUCUGCGGAGGCAGCAGCGCGUUAACUCGCCUCUGCUGGCAAAAGUGAAGAUUAUUUCCUCAAAAGUUGAACAUAAGGGAAUUUUUCUGGCUAUGGCAAGAAUCAAAGCAAGCGCAGCAGUUAUAUUGGUAUCGCUCGUCUGCAUGGCAUGGGCAGUAGUGCCGGAGUUGAACCUGGCGUUUUGCAGUGGCAAGUACGAUGGCUACUACUGCCAACACUGCUGGCAGGUUGUCUACUGUAGGGAUAGAAUCGUCAAUGAAGCAGCGUCGCCCCGGUGUGAUGCGGACCAGGCUUGUACACUUCUAUCGUCUUCUCGAGUAGCAGCUUGUGUGCCCACGGAAAAUUCCGCAGCGUGUAAGUGUACAACAAACUUCUGUGAUCCGUACGCUCUAAAUUUGCUGGAUCGGUGCAACAACAUCACUGGACUCUAUGAUAUGGUGGAUUGUGGUGCUGAAGAUGGUACAUGCAUCAGCGGAGAGUGCAGCGCCUUGCCCUCCUGUGAUGGCGCUCUUGUAGGUUGGAAUGCUAUCCUCCCUGCCUGCACUGACGGAUUCUACUGCUCAGAAGUAGGGGUAGUGACUGAUGGAGUCCAUUGUAAGGCGGGGCAAUACGUGGAUAAAUAUGGAUCUUGCAGUUCGGCGCCUCCUAGACCUUGCGCCACAGGAUGCAAAGGCUUAUGUCCUGACGACACCGACUGUACUCGUUACUACGCGUGUGAUUCUUUUGAUAAUGGGAAUGUUGAAGCUGGUCCUCUGACGUGUCCUGGCGGAGCUUUCUUCGCAGCAAACGCUGAUCCACCGAGCUGCAGCGGAACUGAUGAAUCGGUGUGCGCACCAUUGACUUUUUGUAACUUUGGUUCCUCACCUGCGACUGCUUCAUUCAGCUCGUAUGCUCGUCCACACGCUUGCUCCAAAGAAACAACUGGUGACUAUGCAGACAGCGAGUGCAGCCAAAGGUACUUGUCUUGUCGCGACGUUGGUGACGGUGAGUACGCGUGGGUACGUACCAAGUGUCCAGACGACCACGUGUUCAGCACCGACCCCAGGCAUCCAUAUUGCGUGGCCCGUGAGACCGUGGGCUGCUAAGCCACCUGCUACAACAUUUAUGGAGAUAGAGAGACUCUGAAGAGAUGUAAUAGAACAUUGCAGAUGAAAAUAAAAAUAAUUAAUCAAA